CCAGCACUUUGAAAGAGGCCCUUUGCUGGCAGAGAGCGGAAUGAGAGGGUUCCUGAGCUCCAGCUAACGGACACAGAGGCGAACCGUCGCUCCAACCCAACAGAACCCGUCUGCCCGUCCAACUGGCCCCUCUCGCCUGGACCUGACACAAUGACUGCAGAGCCGGGAGCAGAGCGCAGCCCCGCGAGUAAAUCCUUUGUUCUCUGAGCUGCUUUGGUCCUGCUGAACAGGGGGGGAGGGGUGCAGCACAAACUUUUGGGGGGUGUAAAGCGACCCCCCCUCGCCUCUGUUUUGUUUUUAUGUGCAGGCGUUAAACGAUUGUGAGUAAAAUAAUGUAAAUAAGUGGGCGAGCUGAUAAGGAGAAACAAAAGAAGAGAAAAAGAAGAAAAAAACGGCUGGGUCUGAAAGUUGGAGUGGAGGGAAAAUGCUGGAGAUUUGCCUGAAACUGGUGGGAUGCAAAUCCAAAAAAGGCCUUUCCUCGUCGUCCAGCUGCUAUAUGACAGAUGCGUUUCAGAGGCCUGAUUUUGAGAUUCGCAGUCUGACUGAAGCGGCGCGCUGGAACUCCAAAGAGAACCUGCUCGCUGAACCCAGCCAAAACGACCCCACCGUGUUUGUGGCUCUGUACGACUUUGUGGCAAGUGGGGACAACACUCUGAGCAUAACCAAAGGGGAGAAGCUCCGGGUCUUGGGCUAUAAUCACAAUGGCGAGUGGUGUGAGGCGCAGACCAAGAACGGCCAGGGCUGGGUGCCCAGCAACUACAUCACAGCGGUGAACAGCCUGGAGAAGCACAGCUGGUACCACGGUCGUGUGUCACGCAACGCGGCCGAGUACCUGCUGAGCAGCGGCAUCAACGGCAGCUUCCUGCUGAGGGAGAGCGAGAGCAGCCCGGGACAGAGGUCCAUCUCGCUGCGCUACGAGGGCCGAGUCUACCACUACCGCAUCAACACCGCCUCCGACGGCAAGCUGUACGUGUCGUCUGACAGCCGUUUCGGGACGCUGGCGGAGCUGGUGCUGCACCACUCCACGGUGUCGGACGGCCUGAUCACCACGCUGCACUACCCCGCCCCCAAGCGGCACAAGCCCACGGUGUAUGGCGUGUCGCCCACCUUCGACAGGUGGGAGGUGGAGCGCACCGACAUCACCAUGAAGCACAAGCUAGGCGGCGGCCAGUACGGCGAGGUGUAUGAGGGUCUGUGGAAGAAGUACAACCUCACCGUCGCCGUCAAGACGCUCAAGGAGGACACCAUGGAGGUGGAGGAGUUCCUGAAGGAGGCUGCCGUAAUGAAGGAGAUCAAACACCCAAACCUGGUGCAGCUGCUGGGUGUGUGUACAAGGGAGCCCCCCUUCUACAUCAUCACAGAGUUCAUGACUUGCGGGAACAUGCUGGACUACCUUCGUGAGUGUAACCAUGACGAUGUGAACGCCGUGGUGCUGCUCUACAUGACCACACAGAUCUCCUCCGCCAUGGAGUACCUGGAGAGCAAGAACUUCAUCCACAGGGACCUGGCCGCCCGGAACUGCCUGGUAGGGGAGAACCACCUGGUGAAGGUGGCAGAUUUUGGGCUGAGCCGUCUGAUGACGGGGGACACCUACACAGCCCGCGCCGGGGCCAAGUUCCCCAUCAAGUGGACCGCCCCGGAGAGCCUGGCCUACAACAAGUUCUCCAUCAAGUCUGACGUGUGGGCCUUCGGGGUGCUGCUGUGGGAGAUCGCCACCUAUGGGAUGUCCCCGUACCCAGGUAUUGACUUGUCGCAGGUGUACGAGCUGCUGGAGAAGGACUACCGCAUGGACCGGCCAGAGGGCUGUCCGGAGGAGGUGUACGAGCUGAUGAGAGCCUGCUGGAGAUGGUCUCCUGCAGAGAGACCAUCCUUCGCUGAAAUACACCAGGCCUUUGAAACCAUGUUCCAGGAAUCCAGCAUCUCAGACGUGGAGUCGGAGAUGGGUCCCUCCCACACGCUGCAGGGGAGGCAGAGACCCCUCCCUGACGAGGAGGGCCGCCUGCUGCCCAGAGACAAGUCCAGGACCAGCCUCUUCAGCCUCGUGAAGAAGAAGAGGAAGACGGCCCCCGCCCCCGCCCCGCCCAAACGCAGCAGCUCCUUCCGGGAGGGGGAUGGGCCCGGGGAGCGGAAGGGUGGGACCAGGGGGUGGGCAGGGGGCGACCCCAAGGACAACUGCAGCUGUGACCCCAGCAAGCUCCCAGUUGCCCGUAACAAUGGUGCUGCCCACCCGGGGCCCCUGGGGCUUUUCGAGUUGAGGAAAAAGGGUAUUUCCGUGGUGACUGGUACUGGAGGGCAGGUGGCCGCCACCCUACCAGGUGAGGAGGGUGUGUCCGGGGCCAAGAGCUUUGUGCGCCCAGUUUCUGUCACGCCCCUGGACUCCAGGUGGAAACCAGCCGUGCACCCCCAAAACCCAGAAUCGGGCCCCUCAGGCACCUCCGAGGGCAAGCCUGCCACCCCCCGCAAGAAGCCCGGCGAGCAGAGUACCGUCCCUCACACCGGCGCCCUGACCCCGCCCCUGAGGCCAGCCCAAAAGAACCGGGACGGGACGAACGAAUGUCUGAAGGACUCUGAGUCAACCCCUCCAACCGGGAUCCCCAGACCAGGCCACCCCCAGGCUGAGGACCCCAAAGCUCUGGCCCCACAGGUGGAAACAAGCACACUCCCACCAGCAGGGGGCCGUCAGCUCAGGUACAGCCUGGACCACCUGGUAAUCAGGGGCAAGGGGAGGAACCAGAAACAGGUUCCACUCCCUGCUUCUCCGGAAAAAUCUGGAAAAUCCUCUCAGAACUCCGCCCAGGAUCUUCCAUCAGAAUCCAAGUCUAAACCCCAGCCUUUGGAGCCCUCUGACCUGCAGCCGGCCAUCUUAGGCUCUGCUGAACAGUCUAACACCCUCCUGCCACUGGAGGGCGAUAAGAAACUGACCAUCACCAGCACCAUCAAACUGCAGGCCUCAAAGUUGCCUUCCAAUCAGCUACAGGCAGGGGUGGAGUCCCGCCCCGCAGGUGAGCAGGCUCCCACCCCUGCCUCUGUUGCUGGGGCGACGGCUCGCGAGUCCUUACGGAAGACGCGGCAGCCGCCUGCGAGGGUCUUGCGCUCGGCCGUGACGCGGGAGGAGGUGCUGCGAGCCACGGAACAGCUGGACGUGGCCAUCGGCAGGAACCUGCAGCAGAGGGGAAGCCACAGCGCCGUGCUGGAGGCCACAAAGAGCCUGUCCAAACUCUGCACUCGCUACCUGGAGUCCAUCCGCCACAUGAGGACCAAGUUCGCCUUCCGCGAGGCCAUGGCCAGCCUGGAGAGCAGCCUGCGGGAGCUGCAGGUCUGCCCCACUGCCACCGGGGGCAGCAGAGUGCAGCAGGACUUCACCAAGCUGCUGUCUUCCCUCAGGGAGAUCAGCAACAUCGUUCAGAGGUAGCGGAGGAACCGUGGAACUGCUAACGACAGACAGAGCCCACGAUGUUAACGAUGGUCACGUGGAACAGGGUGAGGCGCACCUGAGGAGAAACCUCAGCGAACUCCCGCUCCUCUACACUCUUUUGUUCUUAUUGGUAAAAAUAUCAAGUUAUAAAUGUGUUUUUUUUUCUGAUAAUCAAAGUUAAUUGUAAUUCUUAAGCUGUGGAGAUAUCAGUGUGUCAAAAACACAACCCUCAUACUGAUUAUCUCUUUAGCUGAGCAGGACUCCAUACCCACCACACUGCUACAGGCCUAUCAGUAUGGUACUGGUGCAGUUGUACCCCUUCUUCACUUUUGUGCAGUGGAGUACCCACAAAAUUUAAAGCUGAGAGCCAGGAAGAGCCUACGUGUUCAUUCACAAACUUUGUCUGAACUCCAGAUCAAACGAACUUAACAAAGGAUGAAUUUUGAAAGACUGAAGCAGUUCUGUAAUUAGCUUCUGUUGUUUUCGUUUUAAUUCUGUUCAUUCUGUGUCCGUCCCCUGACUGCCUGUGACCGAGGCUGCUCUCAGUCACAUGUACGCUUAAAUGGGUCUUUUAUGCCUUUCUGACACGCCAUAGCAGAGCACUCUGUUUCUCAUAAACAUGUAUAUAUUCACCUGUGGUGACCCCACGACCCCUGAGGUGCAGCUGUUGUGUGAAUAGCUGUUAUGUCACUUGAAACAGACUGGUACCUGGUCCUUUAUUUACUUUACCUGUGUCUAAACUUAUUUCUGAGUCACCCACUUUUGUUCUUGUGAGCAUAGCAUUGGAUAUGAAACAGCAGGA